AUGUCCUUCCAACGUGUUGGUCUGCGUCUUGCGCAGCAGCAGUUACGCUCGCCCGCUUUUCGACCCCUCUUCCGAUCGACCUUCCAGCGACGCCUCGCGAGCAGUGGUGUCCCAAGCCCACCUGGUCAAGGAACGAGCAAACUCGUUGGAACGGCCGACAAUGCCUUCAACCGAGAAAGAGCUGCUGUAAAAGCUCAUGCUGCUGCCACAAGUGAUCUCUGGCGUAAACUCUCCAUCUUCGUCGUCAUUCCAUGCCUGAUCAUCGCAAGCAUCAACGCCUACAACCUCUGGAAUGAACAUUGGGAGCAUUGGGAACAUAUGCCUCCCCUCGAAGAACGUGUUGAAUACCCUUACCAGAACAUCCGAACUAGGAACUUCUGGUGGGGAGAUGGUGACAAGACCCUUUUCUGGAACGACAAGGUCAACUACCACAGGAAGGACAAGCAAACUUGA